CAGUAGUGCAAGAGAAGGGCUCUGUGGCACAAUGAUCGGAGGACUGGCUGCUUUGAUUCUUCUAAGUACUGCGUCCCUGAUUCAAACUGCAGAGGUUCCUCACCAGAUCUCUUCGACUGUGGUUGAACUUGGAGAUAAUUUGACUCUGACAUGUUCAUCCAGUGAAAAUGAAUUCAGGUUUUUUUACUGGUAUAAGAUGAAGUUUGGAUAUAUGGCUCAAACUAUUGCAGCAGGAACUUUCAACACAUUAAAACUUCAAGGACAAUUUGACAACGCAAGAUUUGAAGUCACAAAUUUGAACGCUCAGUAUGUUCUUAACAUCAGAAAUGUAAACAAAGAAGAUGAAGCGAUAUACUUCUGUCUAGCAGGAUCAUCAUACAAAAUGAAACUCAUUAACGGCACACUUUUGGCUGUGAAUGAUCAUAAAAAUGUGCAGAAAUCUGUCCUCGUGAAACAAAGUCCGGAGACGGAGUCGGUCCGGCCGGGCGACUCAGUGACUCUCCAGUGUUCACUUCUCUCCACUGACAAAGAAAACGCAGAUCAGUGUCCAGGUGAACACGAUGUGUACUGGUUCAGAUCUGGAUCAGGAGGAUCACAUCCAAGCUUCAUUUACACUCACAGUGACGAACAAAAGGAAAGAAGUUGUGUCUACAGUCUGUCCACAACUAUACAGAACUCAUCUGAUGCUGGGACUUACUACUGUGCUGUGGUCACAUGUGGACAGAUCCUGUUUGGUGAAGGAACUAAAGUGGAGACAAGAUCAGAUCUGGACCCCGUUGUUCUUGUGCUUGGAGUACUGUUGGCCUGCUGUGUGACUGUGAUUGCCGUCCUUAUCUUCUCAAGAAACUGAAGGAUGGUGACACAGAGGCAUUGAACUGGAAUUAUCGACAAUGAAAAGCAUGAAGAGGAAGAAAAAAGAGACAACAAUAGUAACCAUAAGCUCUGACUUCUGUUUGGGUGAAAUCCACUGAUUAUCAAAACGUUAAACUCUUUGUUAUAUAUAAGAAAGUCAUUUCAACACGUGAUGACGUGUGUUAAUGUUAUUAACUGUACAUGAGAUUAGUUGUGCAAUGUGGGGAGGACGCCCUCCCUGCUUUUGAAAUGAUCUAGAACUGCCACUUACACAGGCGUCUCUGCGGGUGCACAUGGAGAAGGGGGUUAUGGGUAAUCGUGGCUGGGACAGGGAAACAGAGGAGCUUGGUAUUUAACCCGGGUGGAUGUGGUUUUGCAAGACGUAGCAGUGAACGCUUGGGCAAGCUCCGUGACCGUCCCCGCCACAGUCUAUGACAGGUGUGUUCAACUCAAUUUCACUGAGGGCCACACCGGGAAAAGAGAAUCACAUCAUGUGCCAGACUUAACAGAGUAAAUUGACAUGUAUUAAAUCGCUAAAAUAAAAAUCUCUGAUUUUAUUGUUGCACGUCCCAUAUAGACUUCUCACAAAGCGUUUGGUCCACAUAAAACCAUAACAAUGUAGCUUAGCCAUCAAAGCAUUUAGUGAAGCUAAAUAAUGCAUUCUGAAUUCUAUUUUUACAAGUAACACACAUAACGUACAGCCCGCUCACAACAAUCUGUUUCACAGGCCUGAAUAUGACGAGUCAAUGGUUGUGUGGGACAUUUAAUAGGAUAAAACUAAAUUAGGAUCUUUGAUCUUGUAGUUUACAUGUCCCAUACACCCUAGCCCAGGGGUCGGCAACCUUUACUAUCAAAAGAGCCAUUUUGCCACCUCUUCCACCAAAUAAAAUGUGUCUGGAGCCGCAACACAUAUUUCAUAACACAGCUUAAGUUGUAUAUACCAUAAAUAGUUAUACUAUAUUUGUUGCAUUUAUGAAAUCACAUAAAUACAAAGGAAACUGUUGAGAUUAUAUUGAUAUUAGGACAACACCAAUCUCUUUUAUUGGUAUCAACUCAAUUAUUUCUUCCUGCAUCACAUCAGAGUUCACACACCUGCAUAACAGCGCUGUCUGUUCAACAUCACUUACAUCACUUGACUCAUCACAGGCGAUUUAAUAUGCU